CUGAAAUUAUGCUAUUUUCUACAUAGUGCACUACUUUCGACCAGAUUCCUAUCAAAAGUAGUGCACUAUAUAGAAAAUAGGGUGCCAUUUGGGAAGCAGCUUGGAAAUCCUGAAGAGAAGUGGUUGUGUGUUGUCCAGGCGGGGUAAACUGAUAGGGUCGGGUGGUCCUGUCCAAUCAUCCCAGCCAUGGAGCGUGUAAUGGGGGGAGUGGUGCCGCUGGUCCUGGGUGGGCUAGGGCUGGUGCUGCUCUACCGGCUGCUCCAGAGGCUCCAACAGGGGGCUACCAUCCAGGACGCUGUGGUGGUCAUCACUGGAGCCAGCUCUGGCCUGGGGAGAGGUGAGUGUUACUUUAGAUUAGAAAACUUAAAUGUCCUCAAUGAGGCAAUUUUAUAGCAUACACAAUGUAGGCUACAUAGACAGAAUCACAAAAAUAAAAUAAAAAACAUACUCAAAGGUUCUAGGUACUAGUUCAAAGUGAACUAUACCUUUAAAAUAGUGUGUGUGUUGUGUUGCAGAGUGUGCUCGGGUGUUCCAUGCUGCCAAAGCAAGGCUGGUUCUGUGUGGCCGGGACGCAGCCAGGCUACAGGACGUAGUUCAGGAGCUCACAGCCACCGCAGCAGAAAGCCAGCGGCAGGUAUAGAGACACACACACACACACACACACACACUCACUCACUUCUCAUCUCCUCUUCCUCCACUGGGCUGAUCUGAAAACAUGAUAAGGGAGAGCGAUUAGUUGGAUACUAGAAUUUUUGCCUUCACCAGUUCAGCUUUUUUGCAUCAUGUCAGAUGAAGGAAAGGAGACGAGGGGCGAGAGCAACAUUAGACUAUUGAGAUGCACCCCUUGAAUUCUUAUGACAUGUCUAUGAUGUCAUCACCGGCAGACGUACACCCCCAUUAUGGUGAUCUUUGACCUGUCCGACACAGCGGAAAUGGUUGCCAUGGCCGCGGAGGAGAUCCUGAGGUGCUAUGGCCACGUGGACGUCCUCAUCAACAACGCCGGCAUCAGUCAUCGCGGCAACAUCCUGGAGACGCACAUCUCCGUACAGAGGGGCGUCAUGGAUACCAACUACUUUGGGCCCAUAGCUCUGACUCAAGGUAGAAGGUUAUGAUCACUUGAUUUCCAAAUGUACACUCUCUGUGGUCAUGUAGUCUCUUGAUUCUUCUCUCCACUCUCUCAACUUUGUUUGUUUUCUCCCUUUCUCUCCAUCCCUCUCUCUCUCUCCAACUGUAGCCCUCCUGCCCUCCAUGGUUCGCCGGCGCAGUGGACACGUAGUGGUCAUCAGCAGUGUCCAGGGGAAGAUUGCCAUUCCCUACAGAUCAGCUUGUGAGUAAUGUAGUGAUAGUGAUGCCAACCCUAUAACUGAAGCUAAAUAAUUAUCCAUGAAAUCAUUACAAAUUUUGACUUUUUUAUAUUUUUGAAAAUGUAUAACACAAUACAAAAAUCUACAAACCGUAGUACGGCACAUUUCUAAAGGAAAGUGAAACAAGUAUUAUUUCCACCUGCAAAUAGCUCUGUCAGUGAUAUCUGUAGUAGUAAGGGAAUGAAAUGGAAUAAACACAUGGUGUGUUUUGAGCAGAUGCGGCCUCCAAACACGCCACCCAGGCCUACUUCGACUGUCUGAGGGCUGAGAUGGAGCGCUACAGUAUACAGGUGACAGUGGUCAGCCCUGGCUACAUCAGAACCAACCUGUCUCUUAACGCUGUCACGGGGGAUGGCUCCAAAUAUGGAGGUAAGGGAGAGGAAUUAACUGGCCACUCUCUCUCUCUCAUUCUCUGUCUGCUCUUCCCCUCCCCCUCUCUCUGUAAUUACGUUAGUAGUCUAUUUAUUUCUCUCCUUUCUACUCUGGUGAAGUCCUGGACAAGACGACAGCUUUGGGGCGGGAACCGAAAGAGGUGGCCCAAGUGGUCCUAAAGGCUGUCCAUCACAGGAGUAAAGAGGUCCUAUUGGCUGGGCCCCUGCCCACUCUGGCCGUCUACAUUCGCACCCUGUGGCCCGCCCUCUUCUUCAAACUCAUGGCCUCUCGGGCUCGCAAGGAGCAGAAAUCCAAAGAUGAGUGAGAAGUUGGAGGGGGAGAGAGAGGUGAUGUGGCAAAACUAUGGGAAUGGAUCAAUUGAUUAAUGCACACUGUAAUAACUUGCAAAUGGAAAAGUUGUUUUGUUUUAAAGCCACAAUGUGAGAUGUGGUUCAUUAAUUGAAAUAACUGGAAAUCUUACAAACUGCGGUUUCAACUUCAAGGUUAACAUCAUGCAAAGUGUUCAGGGUAGAUCACAUUUACAAUUAUGAUAUUGACGUGUAAUAAAAUUUCAGAGCAACCCGAACAUUGUUGAGUACAUUUCAUUUGUUGUAAUGAUUAGCUUUGGAGUUUGUUUUCAUGGUCAUUUGUGAAUUACACACAAAUAACAGAUUAUCAUUUUGAUGUCUCUGUGUUGUACCACCAUUACUGGUUUAGCUAAUAGACCUGUUAGAAAACUCAGUUGCUCUGUCAUCUGUGAGUUCUUCAUUAGUGAAUACUAUAUUAGGUGAUGAUUAUUGUUUUUGAACAAAUCUGUUGAUGGUGCAGAUAUAGUUUCAGGUUAACAAAAAUGUAUUGCAUUCAGGGAUUGUUUCUAAAAACCUUAUUUUUCUCAAAGGAUAUUACAAUCAAAAACAGGACAGGGUGAAAACGCGUACAGCAGUCUAAUAUAAUAUAAUUUACAUUUUAGUCAUUUAGC